CUGUACCCUGAGACGAGAGGAGAGAUGUUGGGGUUCCUCCACGGCCGGCGGACACCCCAUCUGCAGGGCCAGGAGGGCGGCAGAGGGAGAGACGGCCACAGCCGCCCCAGUGGUGUUGAGGAGGUGUGCUACAUCCAGCUGCCGCGAGUCGACGAGGGCGACGCUGCCGCACAGCAGGCCAUCCACCACACACAGACGGGCCAUCCCAAGGUCACCUUGCAAUGCUCUUAGUGCAUCUCUGCGUGUGUGGCCAUCGGCCUCUGAUGUCUGUGUCCCUCCCUCCCUCAACGCAUUGCAGAUGUCAGCGUCGGCCUCGAGUGACCAGGUCCCUCUGCUGCAGGGCGAUGAACAGGGGCUGAUUGAGCCCCAGCUGCCGGACGUCACUGAUGGCAUCACCAAGGCACCGAAACGCCUCGAGCAGGUCUGUUGGUGAUGCGGACACUGUCAGCGGCACGAGCACGCACUCUGAGAGGUCUCUUGGGCGUCUGUGUGUCAUCUGCAGGUUCCCUUGGUGGGUGCCCCGGCCGCCGACGAUUGGGAGCCGACGAAAACCCUCAGAGACACCAUCAGGAGUGCCAUCUAUGCAUCAGAUGCGGAGGGCCUGCGGAGCGCCCUCUUUCAUCUGUCGCCUGAGCAAGCCGAGAAAGUGCUGACGACUGAUAAGUGGGACUAUGAAUCUGCCAUCCACUAUGCCGCAGGUAUGCAUCGUCGCAUCACUACACACACAUGAUGCAGCUAUGCGGCCCCUGUGUGUGCUUCUCAGAAAGGUGUAAGGACGUGGCUGUGCUUGAGGUCUUGCUGGACAACCGACGCCACCUGCUCGACCUGAAAGAUAAGGUAUCGUGCUUGCUGAUAACAGUCAUUAUGCCCAUUUACCGGCCGAUGUGUCCACUCAAAUCUUCAUGGUGUGUCUGUAGCAUGGCCGCACGCCUCUUCAUCUGGCAGCAGGGAGCGGAUCAGUUGCUGUUGUGAAGUUUGUCGAGUGGGGCGGAAAGGAACUGCUGGAAGCUCGGAGCUUGGUAAGGACGAUGGAAUCUCGACUGGUGAAUUGGACAGCAAGAGUCUUCUCGUUCAUGCUGUGAUUCAGAAUGGCUGGACACCUCUUCAUUGGGCAGCAUGUCAGUCACUCCUGCCAACGACAACCACACAAGUGCAUGAGUCUUCAAUGUGUCUCUUUGCGCUCUCCUGCAGGGAACGGCAAGGCCGAUGUGUUGUGUUGGGUGUUGACGGUGAAUCAAGAGCUCCUGAAGAUCAAAGACGAUGUAGGCUGCACUGCACCUAUCGACUUGCGUAUCGAUAUUGUCUGUGGUCAUUACUCCGCAAGAUCGGACGGACGCUCAUCGAUAUUGCCCUUGCCAAACCUUCGUCAGUCGUCAUAGCGAUUGUUGUUCUUGGUGAAGACGUCAUGGAGGUGCUCAAGCGAGGCGUGAAAGUAGCAGAUGCGGCGGCGGAGAACCUCAAAGAGGUGAUGCCCUUCGCGAAAGGGUUCCUGAAAGACCGCUCUGAGUCGCUGGGCCUCGACGGCCUUCGCUGCUGUGCCGUCUUCCGCAAACUGACGAAAUUGCGCCCGAAGGACUCCCUCACAGAUGACCUUGAGAAUAUUUCCAACUGGCACGAGGUAAAGAACAACGGACACACAGAGCACAGCAGUUCUCACUUCUGCAUUAUUGGCCAAUCGGUUCAGGCCCUCACAGCCAAUUUCUGCAGCGAUACACCAAAUUGGGUCUUUGAAGGGUCACUUGCAGGCAAGGAGAGAGAAUGCUUUGCGGCGCUGGAGUCCGCAGAGCCCCUCUCUGUCGUCACCCAAGGUAAGCCGCACAAGCGAUCUCCUCGUUUCUCUGUCGGUCCGCUGAUGUCUCCUUCCCCCUUCUGCUUCGAAUGAUUGCGAUAGCCAAAUGCACAUCUCUCGUCACACAGCAUUGGAAGCAGGAAUACAAAGACUGGAGGCUUCAGCUUGCACCCCGAGAUGUCUUCAUCAGCCGCGUGCUGUCAAUGCUGCUCAUGUAGAGCUGCAGACACGCACCAAGAUGGAGGCAGAGAGAAGCAUCUCUAUCUGUCUGUGUGUCUUGCAGGGUGGCCUUUGUGCUGCUGCGCAUCGAGUCGAUCAAGGGAGACAGCGAUGUGAUGAUGGCGGGGGUGUGGCCGUCGGUGUGGCUGUGGGGGGCAGUGCUGACGGGCAUUGGAUUCAUCGUCGUGGAGGCCUUCCAAGUAAGACAGAUCAGAGGAGACACGCCUGACUGAUCAACAACAACAUGCAUCAUCCUCUCUGAGUGUGCAGGGCAUUCGCCUCAAGGCGGCCUACUGGGCCGACUCAUGGUGCGCGUCAGGCUUCGUGUUGGCGGCUCCAUUUGUGUGCUGUCGGUGUGUCGAUGAAGGAGCUGGGUGGAUGCUGGAAGUUCGCUGGCCAUCAUCGCCUUCAUUGCCAUACACUUCACUGAGUGGUCGGAGGAGGCGGAGGUUAGCUCAGGGAUCGUCAUAGCGCUGCUCUUUGCGCUGCGGCUCCUGCAAACGGCCAGCCUUCACCCAGCCGUGGGACCACUCAUACUGUCAGUGAGAGAGACAAAGACACACAGAGAGAGAGGUGUCUCAUGCUGUUUGUGAUGGGUGUGUGUGUCAGUGCGGUUGUGAGGAUGUUUUCGGACAUCAGCAUGUUUCUGUGUCUGUACGUCUACAUCCUGCUGGUCUUCGCGGUCGUCUUCACCCUCCUCUCGUCCGACGAAGACCCCCAGUACUUCGGCUCCUUCGCCAAAGCCAUGCUCACACUGCACUCGAUGACACCGACACACAGACAGAGAGCGCCAGUCGAUAAGCAUGCUGUUGGCUGGCUGCAUUGCAUUAGUUUCUACGGGGGUCUUGGCAAGUUCAACGAGGCGCUGAACAACGCCAUCGAGAGCCACGACACGCUGGGGACCGUCCUGCUGUUCACAUAUGUCAUCCUCUCGUCCAUCAUACUCGUACGCGAGGCUCAGCAACACAUAUCAUGCACUCAGCACCUGGGACGAGCCACACACACACAAGGAUUCCCUUUGUUGUCUCUCUCUCUGCCCGCGUCGAUAGCUCAACCUGCUCAUCGCUAUCAUGGUGAGACAGACACGAGGGACAGCGACCGUGCCAUAUGACUGAUCAAUGCUCCUGUGUGUGUGUCUCUCUCUAUGUCAGGCGUCCACAUAUGCGGCCAUCGAGCAGACACAAACAGCUCAAUAUCAGUCAGCAGACGACUGACAAGGGACAGCGGCACAUAAUAUAAGGUUUCUCUCGCCUCUGAGUGCAGGCUGCUGCGCGUUCGCGUAUUGAAUGAGUACCUCACAAUGCCGCACCACGAGCGCCUCCCGCCGCCAUUCAACCUCAUCGGUCGGUGCGACCGACAAGAGACAUCAACUGCAUCCAUCACAUGUGAGCAUCUGUGUGUGUGCAGCUGUGGUCGUGUCGGUGCCCCUGCGCUAUGUCGCCUCCCUCAUCAGCGGACGGCAGUCGGCACUCUGCCGCAUUGCCUUCUGGUCGAUGAAGGCCCUGUACUCCACCAUCGAUGCCCUCCCGUUUGCCGUCGCCUUCACUCCAAUUGCCAUCUACCGAAAGCUGGAGAAGCUUCAACAACUGAUACGGAACGCGAUACAGCGGCGACAGUACUGGACGCAGGAUGGGUGGAAGACAGUCCAGAUCUGGGACGCAUUCAAAAUACUCGGUGUCAUCCUCGUGAUGCCCCUAUAUCUCCUCUACCAUUACGUCACAGCAAAGGUGACAGACUCACCGAGAGUUCCAAAUGGCCUAUCCCAUCCAGCAAUGGAAUCUGUAUGUGGUGCCAAAGGAAUUGUCCGAGGACACUGAGGAGAAGAAAGCCGAUAAGAGGCGUUCCGCACGGAACAGAUACAAAGACAGCAUCGACAAGUGGAUGGAGGCCGCGGAUUAUCACGACACGACAUCUCCGGACAUCAUGACAGGUGAGACACAGCCCCACCACACACGUGGAGCUGUCACAGGCUCAUCACGGCAGAUGUGAGCACUGUUUACUGAAUGUUCUGCAGCCCUCAAGCUCAACCAAUCCGAAGUGCUGUCAGGUAAUAAACAACCAAUCUGAAGUGCCUUCGUUUUGUUUUGCAUUUCAGUCUUGAAGAGGGUUGACGAGCGACAAACCGAAAUGCAGAAAGAAGUCAACGAGCGGUUGACGAAGAUGGAAGCAAAGAUCAAGUAGAAGUGAGACAACAGUUGUAUAGCUCUCGAUUGGAUGAAAGACAUCAAAGUGCGAUGCAUGGCCAUACAUGCACGGAGACAUGGAGCUGAUUGACUAAGACUGUCUUUCUGUGUGUGUGUUUUUUUUGUUUGCUUUUUUUGCGGACGCGGUUGACGUACUAUGAUAGUUACACGGGCAGCUUGCCCGAAGUGGUUCUCAACGUCAAGCGAUUUCUUACCCUUCCGAAGGCAAACAGGAAGAUGAGAGUGCUGAGGUGAGCAGCACACAAGACAGAAAACGGGCGCCUGCAAGACUCGACAGAUUCUGGCAUCUUCUCUCUGUUCCUUACAGCAGGCCCUUGACGACGGCAUCUGUCUCAUUGAGGCACACAACGUGCUCACGCAGCAGCCCCAGCGGCGGACCGAUCUGGCGCUGAUGCCCGAGAGCCCAUCUUGA